GGCACACUUCAACCAAACCUGCACGGCCGUCGGCCACUACGUCCCAUCAUCUUGACCUUUUACCUUUACCAUUUAAGGAAGGGGGGGGCGCCACUCAAAGCCAAAAUGAAGAUUAUGGACAAACUAUCAACAAGUCCUUCAAGCCUUUGUAGAAUUUUGUGACCCCCGAAGUCACGAGAUGACGCACACCUUUCAUUUUUAGACACCGACAUUGUUGACGAAGUUAGCUCACCUGUUUUGUUUUUCCGCACCCCUCGAACUGUGAUGGGCUCCCUCGUUAGGACCCCGGCCACUCUGCCUGCUUGGAAAACCACCUUUUUACUUUUAAACAUUAUCUCGGCUGCCUGGAGCAAAAGACACGCGGUGUUUUGGAACUCCACCAACAACAGGUUAACAUCAGGGGAACUCUCCAUCCAGGUCAGCCUGAACGACUACCUGGACUUCUACUGCCCCCACUACCCCAACAAGCAGUCUGUGGGAGCCAAGGAGCCCGAGACGCUGGCCCUCUACCUGACGGAGGAGGCGUCUUUCCGGGGCUGCGUGGACAACGGGGCGGCCAUCAAGCGGUGGGAAUGCAACACCCCCGAUGCGCCGUUUGGACCGGUGCGCUUCUCGGAGAAGAUCCAAAGAUUCACCCCCUUCUCUCUGGGAUUUGAGUUCCUGCCAGGACGACACUACUAUUAUAGCUCUCUACCCACAGAUGAAGGGCCUCGGCUGCCGUGUAUGAAGUUGCGCGUCACCGUGUGCUGCGAGAGCGCAUCCAGCGGCUCCAAGCAAAAACAAGCGACCGCACCUCUAAACGCCGUUUGCUCAUCGAGGACUCCUUCGCUUCCUCUCCUCCUCCUCCUCCUCCUCCUCCUGCUGACCACCUGACCUCCUGGCACCCGUUCCCCGGCGAGACCACGCUCAGGAAAAAGACGGCGAGGGAUGAUCCACGCGGUCCCGGUCCGUGCGGACGACGGGGCGGACGACGCGUUGUCGCAGGUGGAUGCACGUCUUCACUCAGGGACAAGAACGUCUUUUGGGUUGGCUUCCUGGAUCGCCUCCUUGAUAUCACGGCUAGUUUUCACACACAAAUGAGGUCCCACGGUAUCGCUGGACCGAUGAUAUCAUUCCACAGUCCACACUGCGGCCUUCACCAAGGGAGGGGGGCACACCGUCCCAUACUAAGUCCUGACAAGGCCAGUAGCCUUUUUCCUACAUCACGGAAUCAUUUUCUAGAAUUGACUUGCUAUGGAUAAAUACAACAAUAUCAGCAAAAUCAUCCAAUUAUUCCCAUCAGCGAUACGGCUCAUCCAGUCAUGACAAGGCCGGGAAUGCUGAUACCGAUACUUUUGGCAUUUUUCAUUUAUUUUUACCAACAAUUACCAAAAAUUUUUAUUUGCGAGAAUUUUUGUAAUAAAAAAUAAAAUAAGACAAUAUCAGCAAAAUGAUACCAGGGCCAAUACUGCUGAUAUCAACACUUUUUUCCAUGACAUUUUCUCAAUGAUUGAAUGAGACGCUGAUUGAACAAUAUCAACAAAAUAUAAUCAUAUCAAAUAAUAUCAGCAAAAUCAUCCAAUUAUUCCCAUCAGUGAUACGGGUCAUCAGUCGAUACUUUUGUCAUUUUUCAUUUAUUUUUUUACCCACAGAUUUAUUUGCGAGUAAUUUAUUUGUAAUAAAAAAAAAAAAUUUUAAAAAGACAAUAUCAGCAAAAUGAUACCAGGGCCGAUACUGCUGAUAUUGACACUUUUUUCCAUGACAUUUUCGCAAUGAUUGAAUGAAGUGCUGAUGGAACAAUAUCAGCAAAAUAUAAUCAUAUCAAACAAUAUCAGCAAAAUCAUCCAAUUAUUCCCGUCAGCGAUACGGGUCAUCCAGUCAUGACAAGGCCGGCAUUGCUGAUAUCGAUACUUUUGUCAUUUUUCAUUUAUUUUUUACCCACAAAUUUAUUUGUGAGUAAUUUAUUUGUAAAAAAAAAAAAAAAAAGACAAUAUCAGCAAAAUGAUACCAAGGCCGAUACUACUGAUAUCGACACUUAUUUCCAUGACAUUUGCUCGAUGAUUGAAUGAGAUGCUGAUUGAACAAUAUCAGCAAAAUCAUCAAAUUAUACCCGUCAGCGAUACGGGUCAUCCAGUCAUGACAAGGGCGGCAUUGCUGAUAUCGAUACUUUUUACAUUUAUUUGUAGAAAAAAAAUAAAGAAAAAAAGACAAUAUCAGCAAAAUGAUACCAGGUCCAAUACUGCUGAUAUCAACACUUUUUCCUCAAUGAUUGAAUGAGGUGCUGAUUGAACGAUAUCAGCAAAAUAUAAUCAUAAUAUCAAACAAUAUCAGCAAAAUCCUCCAAUUAUUCCCGUCAUCAUUCUAAUGUUUCCACAAGUUUCAAAGAGGACUCGGGGUGUCUGAUACUGCUGAUCUUAGUAUCAAUCCGAUACCAAGGCCAAUAUUCCUGAUGCCGAUACUGGUUUUACUUGAUGUUGUGAUUUUUGCCAAAAACCGAUAUGCUGAUACUGUCCAACUGUCAAUUUCCGAUAACGAUAUCAGCCCAUACCAAUACGUGUAACAUGACAUCCUGUAUCUCCUGUGUUGGAAUGAACACGUAUAUGUCAGAUACGGCAUCUUGUUUCCAAUCUGAUACCGAGUAAUCGCAGGACCAAAAUUGCUGAUACGGAUAUUUUUCUACAAGACAUUUUUCCAAAUCAAGGAAUGAUGAUCAAAGCCCCUCCCAUGUCCAGUAAUUCCCGGUCUUCCCAAAGGAUACCAUGACAUGAAAAGCCCCCCCCCUGCUAUAUUAUUUUAGUGCUGAUGUGGAUAUUUAUGGAUAUUUAUCUCCGAGCAUUAGAUCGUGAGAGCGGUGCAAACAAGACUAAUGGGAGAACUGGGCAAGGCUGCUGCGCCCCCUACUGGGAUCUAACUGGUUGUACUGGAAUGGGACCGGGUAAUGAUGAUGAUGAUGAUAAGUGGACCCGGGGGUGCUCUGCCCCCCCCCUGCUGUGCGGCCUGCCAGAGGGGAUUGUGGGUAAAAAGAACAUCCCGGCCGGUCUCGCUCCACUGAAGCGUUCCGCCGACGCUCGUGUAGAGCAAGAAGACCAUUCGCACGCUAGAUGCUUUUUUCUACUCUCUUCCUUUUCCUUGCAGGAUGCCCAAAUACUUCUUAUACAGUACUACGUAUACCAUGUGGAAAUACAUACAUAGUACUUAUUAUACAUAAUACUAAUUUCAUCAGUUCAACCAUAUUCCAUGUUAUUGUUUUUAUUGCUUGGUCAGUUGGAAGAAAAGUUAUAAUAGGAGAAUAAAGUCCAAAUAUUAAUGGAAAACGUCACCAGUUUUAUGGGAAUAAAGUGAAAAUAUUCCGAGAAAUAAUUCCUAGUCUAACCAAGAAAAAAAAAGUCACACUUUUCCACGAAUAAGCUUGCAAUAUUCUGAGUAAAAAUAAUCUCAUUUUAGUAGCAUAAAGUUGAAAUAUUAAAAGGAAGUCAUUAUUACCAGAAGAAUAUUUACAUGAUGGAAAAAAAUACUUUAUGACAAAGCCAAAAUAUUAAGAAAAAAGUCACAAUUUUAUAGGAAUAAACUUGUAAUAUUAGGAGGAAUAAAAAUGUUGCAUAAAUUUAAAAUAUCAAAAAUAUUUUUUUAAACACUUACAAUGAGGAAAUAUAAAAUAGCAUAAAGUUGAAAUAUUGAAGGGGAAGAAAUGUUAUGUUAAGACAUUAUAUGAGAACAUGGUUUGGUGUUUGAAUAUUAUGACAAUAAAUAUAAUAUCAAAAAAUGAUGACCACAUGAGAAUGUACCUAUGAAAAGCUGAAAUAGUUGGAUUAAAAAAAAAAUUAUGAGAAUAAAGUCUAAAUUUAGAGACAGAAAAAAAAUCACAAUUUUAUAAGAAUAAGCUUGUAAUAUUAUGAGAAAAAUUUGUCAUUUUAUUAGCGUGAAGUUGAAAUAUUAAAAAAUAUAUUUUAAUACAAGGGAUACAAGAAUAAAGUCAAAAUAUUAAGUGAAAAAAGUAGCAAAAAAAAAAUUUUUUACAUGAAUAAUGCGGUAAUAUGAGGAAAAAAAAUACUUGAACCGCAUAAAGUUGAAAUAUUGAAGAAAAAGAUGCUUUUUUAAAAUGAUAUGAGAAACAAAACAAAGUUGUCAUUUUGGGGAAAUUAAUUUGGGAAAAAAACUAAUAUAAACUAAAAAAAAAACUAAUAUAAUAAUAUUAUAUAAUUAUGAGAAUGAACAUUUACAUGGCCCUCGGAGGAGAAAGUUAGGACACCCCCGAUCUCCACAAUUAAGCCCAAUUAAGCCACAAUUAAUAAUCUCUAAUUAUUAAGCUGCACAUUUUUGCAUAAUUUUCUUCCAAAUGGGCUCUAAAAUAAAUUCAUUAUUUCGUCUUUUGGUGAUUAUUUCUGUCUCUGAUCCAAUCCGGUUUUAAAACGCAUUUUAAUAUUAUAAUAUUAAUAUUAUAUUAUACUAAUAUUAUAUUAAUAUAAUAUAAUAUUAGUAUAAUAUACAGUACAUAAGAAUUCCUGUGUAUAGAAUAAAAUAAUGACGUAAAAUGUAGAUAUUUUUUAAAAACCUGCUGAUUUACCUGCAAUGUUUCUUUGUGUUGGGCGGCCAUUGUUUUUGUCCAACAUGGCUGCCAGCCGUGGGUGUGAAAAGCCAGCAUAAAAGCCCAAUCAAGCUGCUUUUGUUAUGUUUUUGUACUGCUAAUUUGGGUGCUAGCGCUUCAUUGGUUGUGUGAAAUCCUUUCCACGCUCCAGUAACGUGUAGUUUUAUGUGUCGUGUUCCUUCAACGUUCACAUUUUAGUGAAGAAUGGAGCUUCUUCUGUGAAGAGACGUCUGCAAUCUGAGCCUUUUUUGUUUUCGUUUUUUUUAAAUAUUGUAUGAAAAAUGAGAAAUAAAACGUGAUCCAUCUGA